AUGGGAAAUCCUGGAAAAUCUGGUGGAGGAGGAAUUGGUAGGGACUCUUUUGGCGCCUUUCUUUUUGCUUUCUCCCAUGGUUAUGGGAUUGGCACUAACAAUAGAGCAGAACUAGGGGCCCUCCACGACACAAUGAGUACUUGUAUUAACCGGGGUUAUAAUCAGGUUUUUUUGGAAUCUGAUUCCAAAUGUGUAGUUGACGCUUUCACUGGUAAAUCCUCCCCGGUUUGGAAAUGGAAAUACUGGUGGACGCGGAUCAAAAACCUUAGGACUAGGGGCAUCUUUGUCAUCUUCCAUAUCCCGAGGGAGGGUAAUGGUCCUGCUGAUGCAUUGGCUAAAACAACCGCAUUGUCCCAACAACACAUGUCGUACCUUUCCUUCACCGAGCUCCCUCACAGCUUUAAAGGUCUCUAUAAUAUGGAUGCACUGGGUCUUGGGUCCUUGAAAGAGAUCUAA